AUGCACAGUGCCAAGAUGACUGCCCAGUCUAGGGCACUCGCUGUGCCAGAGGUCCUGACUUUGGUCUUACACGAACUAGACAUGCAUACACUGCUCGUUUCCGCCCAGCGAGUCUCUCGGAUCCCAAAAGACAACAAUCUCGCGCCUGUCUUCAACCCGCUUCUAGCGACCAAUUUUCCCACAUUAAUCCCCAAAAAUGACCGAACGAUCAACCAGCCAGCAAGGUUCGUGGACCUGACAGUCCUCGAUAUUGCUCUUCAUGAGACAAUACAGUCCAGAUAUCUUCGCCCUGAAGCAAGUUGGCGCCACAUGUUGACCCAACAACCGCCGGCAUUUACACUUGCUUCUAUAACGCGGAGUGUGAACGCUGAAGGAGUGAGUCUCAAGAGAUCAAGAGGGCCUCGCCAAGAUGAGGGGUUACGUAUGGGUACUCUCUUUCAGUGGGUUCUAUCCCUACCAGGUCAUCUCUUCCCCAUUGGCGUGACCAUAUUCUUCGGAGGGCCUUCGCCUGUGAAUACCAAUAUGCCAUUUUUCAACUCAGGUGGUUUCUGGGCAGAAUUGUAUAAAGACAUUGUCGCUAAGCAUGACGUUAUCCUGUCGGCAGAUAUGGGAAGCAUUUCGGACAUAUCUUAUGAAAAUAUAUCAUACGAUGAGUAUGAAGGAUAUCAGCCUGAGAUUAGCGAGGACGCGGAAACCAGGGAUUUUCUCUACGACGCUUUUCAAAGAGCAGACCUGUUUGCAUCUGACUUGUCAUUUGAAAACUACGAGUCGUGA